GUCCUUGUGGAACCGUUGUCGUUAACCCCCACCCACCUGUUUCCACCCGGAACAUAGCACUGGGAACACGAAAUGGCGGCCUCCAUGUUACACUUAGGACGACUGGGUUCUCUCAAGUGUCUCCGGUUUAAAAGCUGGGGUUUCUUGAGCAGUCGCCCAGCUGCUUUGUUCUGCACUCAUGUUGAAGAACCGCCAAAACCAGCAAAAAAGGCGAAGGCUGCAGGCAAAACAGAAGCUCCAGAUGAGAGAACAACUCUGCUAAACUACAAGACCACAGUUGCCUUCCCAAUUAGAAUUUUAGAGCCUGGAGUUUUUCCACCACAGUCUCUAGGUGUAACUGGACCAGUGGUUGGCUCCACUGCCGCUGCAGGAACACAUGUAGCUGCAGCAGUUGCAGACAUUGGCAGGGAACCGGGUGUACCUGAGCCAGAUGUGGCAGAGGCUGCAGCUGCCUCAUCAGAUCCAGCUCCUGACCCAGAUGUUGCUCCAGUGAUUCCUGACAUAGCUCCACCUUCAGUUGAAACAGCUCCUUUAGCAGCUAAACCCCUGGUUGAGACAAGCGGUAAAAGCUCAGCACCAGAUUCCACAGCCUUGCCUGAUGCUGGUGACGCAGCAGCAAACGGGUCGUCCUCCUCCUCGUCUGGGGACUCUGACUCUGAUUCUGAUUCUGAUUCUGAUUCUGACUCUGACUCUGACUCUGAGGGUGAGAGGUCAGAAGUGAAGGCUGACACCAGGAUCUCUCCACCAGAGAUGUCAGAAUCCACUGUGAAAGAAGGGGCAGAAGUGACAGAAGACUCCAAAGAAGCUCAGAGGGAACCUGAAGCUAUACAAGAGGCAGAUGCACACUCAGAAGCAGUUCAAAGUACCAGGGAGGUAGCCACUGUUAGUUCUGAGGAGUUAAUUGACUCAGCCCCUGACAUCUGCGCUUCUACAGAAGAUGCUCAAGAGGUGGGCAGUCCAGAGGCUUCAGCUGAGUUUGCAGUGGAAGUUUCUCCAGAAGUGAUAAAAGAUGAUGCAUCUCCUGCUGCGUCUGAUGCUGAAGUACAAACUCCAGCUGAAGUUGUGACCAAGGCUACGCCUCCAGAAAAUGCCCAGACUGACAGUCCCAUCGAAACAACAGAACCUGCCUCUGCUGAAGCGGCUACAAAAGCUGGAGACAAGCUUGUAGAAGCUGCAGCUGCCCCUGUAGAAUCCCUCAUAGAUGCUGCUGAGUCUCACACAGAAGCUGUUGAAGCUGCCGCAGAUGCUGUUGAAGCCCUUGCAGGAGAUUCCCACAUAGAAGCUGAACCAGAGCUUCUAGAAGCUAAACCCGGUCCCACUGAAGACGCUGCUAAGGCUGCAGCUGAAGUUUCUGCCCUUGCAGAGAGUGCUGAGGAACUGGUGGACCCUGCUCCAGCCGUAGUUGAAGCUGCUGGAGAGGAGCUGCAGGCGGAGGCCCCAGCUGAACAGUCUGAGGAGGCUACAACAGCGGCACCUCUAGAGCCUGAGGAGCCUUUUGACAACAGCACUUACAAAAACUACCAGCACCACAGCUACACCCCCUUCACAUUUGCUGACCUGGAUGUAGAGAUGGCCAAGUUCCGUCUCCCUCAGCCCUCCUCUGGCAGACCCUCACCCAGACACUAGAAGAGCUGACCUGGCUGAAAAUAAUUGCUUAAAGAUCAUGGUGAUAUUGCCCUUUAUGUAUGAUCAUCCCCCUGCAUGCCAGAUCUGCAUUAAUUUCUGCCGUUGAAAAUGUCAUAUUAUUAAAGUACCAGAAGAGAAAUGAAGCCUGUUUUGCCUGAUGUGAUUCUGUUUUGUCUUACAUAAAGGGAUGGGCAAAAUCAAACACUUCUUUAAUGCUGCUUUUUUGCCUUGGGGGGUCAUUUGAAUAAAGCUGAGUGCGCAAGU